CUCCCUAUCCUCCCACGCCAACCAACCCACUCACCCCGUUCCUUUCUCAACUCUUCCCCUCCUCUUCCUCCUUUGCCUCCCCCUGCCUACUCCCCUCCUUGGAAGUUCCCAUAUCCAUUCCGCACAGCCCUUCGCUUUCCCACCUCCUCCCCGUCCGGUCUCCGCUUCUGCUCGGCGCCGCCCCCGGCCGAUUACCCCACAUCAGAGAGAAGUGCAUUGGGCUGGAUUUAAAAUCUUAGAUUUUGGGAAGGCGACAAAUAUCUAGCUUCCCAGGUCCAGAGGUGCUCGAGAAAAGCUAUGUCUUUUGUUGGGCGAGUUGACCCGUCCACUACAUACGCGGAUAAUAUUUACGUACAUAAAUUUGGCACACCAAACUCAAACUUUGCUGCAAGAAGAUUUGGCUCUGAUACACAGUUGUUCCAUUAUGGCCCUGAACCAUUCAAUUCUGAGGACUAUGAACAUAUGGGUUUCACUGAAGCACCAUCUUCUGCAUUUCAGAACUCCUAUUACAAUCAGCAAGCCUCACUAACGCCAUACCAUGUAAUGGCCAAUGGCCGAUCUCCGUCUGUUUCUGAUAAUAUGGCCAACUCCUGCUCCGAUACAGCAAAAGAUUCACCAGUGUUCUCGAAUGUAUCUCAGCAGAACUCCCAGUCUAUAUCAGAUAAUCAUAGUUCUGGACUUGAAGUUGAGUUUGACCCUGAGAUCAGACUGAAGCUUCAGGAGCUGGAGCAUGCUUUACUUGAUGAUGGAGAUGAUAUCUUGUUCGAAAUUUCCCAGACUGGUUGCAUUAAUGAUGAAUGGGCUGAUCCAAUGAAGGAUGUCUUGCUUCCAAACUCUCCAAAAGAAUCAGAAUCAAGCAUUAGCUGCGCUGGUAGCAACAAUGGAGAAGCACGGACCCCAAAGCAGUUACUCUUUGACUGUGCUACGGCAUUAUCUGAAUAUAACAUAGAUGAAGCACAGACAAUCAUAACAGACCUCCGGCAGAUGGUCUCAAUUCAAGGGGACCCUUCUCACAGGAUUGCAGCCUAUCUAGUGGAGGGUCUUGCUGCAAGGAUAGUAGCCUCGGGGAAAGGGAUCUACAAGGCAUUGACGUGCAAGGACCCCCCAACUUUGUAUCAGCUGUCAGCAAUGCAAAUCCUCUUUGAAAUCUGUCCAUGCUAUCGGUUUGGUUUCAUGGCUGCUAAUUAUGCUAUACUUGAAGCCUGCAAAGGCGAAGAAAGGAUGCAUAUUAUAGACUUUGACAUCAAUCAGGGCAGCCAGUACAUUACACUGAUGCAGUUUAUGAAAAAUGAUGCAAACAAGCCACGCCAUUUGAGAAUAACUGGUGUCGAUGAUCAUGAGACAGUACAGAGAACCGUUGGAGGUCUGAAGGUCAUUGGGCAACGUCUAGAGAAGCUUGCGGAGGACUGUGGGAUAUCUUUUGAGUUCAGAGCAGUGGCUGCUAACAUCGGGGAUGUUACACCUGCAAUGCUAGACUGUCGUCCUGGGGAAGCACUUGUUGUGAAUUUCGCGUUCCAGCUGCACCACCUUCCUGAUGAAAGUGUUUCGAUUAUGAACGAAAGGGAUCAGCUCCUCCGUAUGGUGAAGGGCCUCCAGCCAAAGCUUGUGACCCUAGUUGAGCAGGAUGCCAAUACUAAUACUGCGCCAUUUGUGACAAGGUUCCGUGAGGUCUAUGACUACUACUCCGCUCUUUUCGAUUCUUUAGACGCGACACUUCCAAGGGAAAGCCCGGAUAGAAUGAAUGUGGAGAGGCAGUGCCUUGCACGAGAAAUUGUUAACAUCUUGGCUUGUGAAGGUCCUGACCGUGUGGAGAGAUACGAAGUUGCUGGGAAAUGGAGGGCGAGAAUGACGAUGGCUGGCUUUGUGCCAUGCCCAUUUAACAACAAUGUCAUCGGAGGAAUAAGAUCUUUAUUGAACUCGUACUGCGACAGGUACAAGUUUGAGGAGGACCAUGGGGGACUUCACUUCGGCUGGGGAGAGAAAACUCUCAUCGUCUCCUCCGCGUGGCAAUAGAGCUUGCUGACCCGAGUUGCAUUAGCAUUGCUGUAUUUUAGGAGCUUCUGGUGCAGACUGUAAAAAAAUUGUGAACCACUGAGUUCUUGGCUGUUCUUAUCUAAUCUUAGGUGUCUGCUUGUCAGAAUAAUUGAGUUUGGCUGGUUGCCCGGGUGAAUUAUGUUCCAUUGUUAGCAACUGGUCACACGAUUGUGUUGUAUUCUGAGAUAGAAUCGUCACAUGUCUACUCUGCUCAUGUAUAAAAUAUUUAUGUUGCUAGAAUAUAUUAUGCUGACUCUGCUCCAUGUUUA